GUCAACUUUGAUGAUGCGGAGGAAUGAGCUGGACGAAGUUCCGGGUGCGCCGGUCAAUUAGGUCCGAGUCGCAACCGGUGAAAUUCAACUUCGUAGUCGAAUUUCCAUCGCUUUUAAGAGAGUCUCGGUGUCAUAAGCUGCGACCAGACAGCUGGCAGACGUACCGACCGCAUCGCGACUGCUGCUGCUGCUGCCUGCAUCGAGCCGAGAGGGGCAGAUGCGGUCUGGCUAUUGCUUCAGAAGUGAAGCCUCUCUGAACUAAACCCAGAGGAGCCAUGGACAAACGGGAGGGGUGUGCCUGUGAUGUCCAGGGGUGAGAAGCACAGCAGCUGAGGGGGAGGAGAUGGGCUGCACCUCCACCAAGCAGGUGUCUGCGGUGCCCAACGACGAGGAGGGGCAGAAUAAAGCCCACAGCAACGGGGAGCUGCUCUCUGAUGAGUACAAGAUGAAAGAAGUGGAGAAAGUCAAGUACAUCAGUGGAGAAGAGGGGGGCAUGGACGGCCAGGAGAGCACAGAGAAAAGUGCUCUCCUUGGAAAAGGUCAACACAUGGAUGAAACGGGGUCAAACGGAAAUGGAAAGAUUCUGAGCAUCCACUCCUCAGAGAGCCAGCAAGAAUUCUUCAGGAUGUUGGAUGAAAAAAUUGAAAAAGGCCAGGACUACUCUGAGUAGGACGAUGCGCCAAAGCCAUGUGGCUGAGUAUCCAUCGGCCCCCGACACGAGAGGACUGUCAUGUUAUGGACGGAUCGUACCGUGUAGGACGGCCGCUUUGUAUGUGCACGCCUGAGAAAGAUGGGAGUACUGACUUGAAUCAAGCACCUUUUUUGACGUCCUGAUCGCAUUAGUCCCCCCACAUUAUAUCAACCACGAAGGGAAAGGACCACAAAACUCAGAGAUGGUUAAAGAUUUUAAAGUUAUUGAAGGACUUCUUUUUUUUAAAUUUCUUUUUUUAUUUCUUCCUUACUGAAGUUGCAGGAUGACAGAGUUCUGGAUUGUGAGACACAGGGUUAUGUCCCUCCUUGGAUCAGUCCCAGAAGGUCCAGAUAAACACGGCUGUUGCCAAGACUUCCUACAAACAUUCAGACUGUUGCACGUGAACAUUUCCAGCAACGGAAGCAACCGGCGCUCUUAGUCCGUCAAAGUGAAGAUUUA